CAGCGCGCGUCUCCCCUCGGCCGCCAGUUGUGCCUUGGCGCCUCUUGAGGGAGGCUGGAGCGUGGCCGCGCCCCCGGGGGAGUCGGGGCUGCCGCGCGCAGGCAGGCAGCGCCUUUCCGCUUUUGACUCAGCCGUUCGCCUGGGCUCUCCUCUCGCGCGCGCGCGCACCCGCACCCACCCACGCGCGCGCCAAGACCCCUUAGCCGACGGCAGCGAAGGAGCCCUCGCCCGGCCGGCGGCAGCAGAGGUGCAGGAGUCACAAUGAAGAAGGGGUGGGGUGAGGGUCGUUCCCCAGAGACAGAUGCAAGAAGUCCUCUUGCUUUCAUCUUUUCAAUUUGGUGUUGACAAAUGAGCCUUUGGAUAACUAAAAACAAGGCAUUGUAAGAAGAUCAAGGCUUUUUAUUGCUGAAGUUCGUCCUACAAAGCACUAAUCUGAGGGAACUGCUGACAGCUUGUGAAAGAUGUCUGAAUGAAUAUGGCAAAGUAGAAACAGUCUCCCAUCAGCAGCACAAAUAGCAAUCAAGUCUGGGGGGGGGAAAGCAUGUGUGGAGCUGUUGAUGCAUAGCACAUGGCUUGAGAGAGGAGGAGGGUGCUUCUUUUCUAAUUUAUGCUGAGAUCUGGAGGACUCGAUGUGUAUAAGAAGAGAUGCUAAUGCAGAGGAUGAGUCUGCUGAUGCGGCCAAACAAGGGAGACCCGGCGGCUACUUGACUGGCGGAAAGCGUGGCGCUUGCUACUUGGAACAACACAGAUCUGUCCUGCCUUUUGUGAGGGAGAGAGGCACCGAGGCACACCAGAAUUAAAAUGCCAGCUAAAGGCAAAUACUUCUUUAAUGAAAACGAAGGCUGCAAGAUAACAGACCCUUUAUAUGAAAAGUACCGCUACUCAAGUCAACAACAUCCUCUUCUCUUCUUCCUGCUCUUCAUUGUAGUCGCCUAUUGUACGACCCUCAUCACAGUUCUCAUCAGCUGGGAUGCACCACGUGAUCAUCUUGUCUAUGUUGUUACAGUCAGCACAGCUCUCAUGAUUUUUAUAGUCAUGUAUGUUCUGGUUUAUAUCGAAUACUUCUUUUGGUGUCGGCUCAAACUGUUUGCUGUAGUGAUUUGGAUCUGCUUGCUGGCCAUAGGAUAUGUCUCUAUUUUUGACAAAGGGAACACUCCUCAACUUGCUGCAUGGGAACAGGUGCCAUUUUUUCUGUUCAUCAUCUUCACGGCUUAUACCAUGCUACCCUUUGGAAUGAGAGAUGCUGUCAUUGUCAGCAGCGUUUCAGCAGUCUCUCAUAUUGUAGUCUUGAGCAUUGCUGUAGCAGGCUACAACAAAGAGACCCUUGCUUUUCAGGUGCUUGCCAAUGCUUUCAUUUUCCUUUGUGGUAACCUGAUGGGUGCAUUUCACAAGCAUCAAAUGCAGGAUGCAUCUUGGGAUUUGUAUAGAUAUACUUUAAAGUGCAUCCAGGUCCAAAUGAAGCUGAAGAUUGAAAAGAGACAACAAGAAAGCUUGCUUUUAUCAAUACUGCCAGCUCAUAUCUCUAUGGGAAUGAAACUAGCCAUCAUAGAACGUCUAAAAGAAACCAAUGAUAGGAAGAAGCAUGACAACAACUUCCACAGCCUGUAUGUGAAGCGGCACCAGAAUGUUAGCAUCUUGUAUGCAGACAUUGUAGGAUUCACUCGUCUGGCAAGUGACUGCUCUCCCAAAGAGCUGGUGGUGAUGUUGAAUGAACUGUUUGGCAAAUUUGAUCAAAUUGCAAAGGAAAAUGAAUGCAUGAGGAUAAAAAUUUUGGGAGACUGUUAUUAUUGUGUCUCAGGCUUACCUGUGUCCUUGCCAGUACAUGCCAAGAACUGUGUGAAAAUGGGCCUUGACAUGUGCGAAGCUAUAAAACAAGUGAGAGAAGCCACAGGAGUGGACAUCAAUAUGCGAGUUGGCAUUCACUCCGGGAAUGUGCUCUGUGGCGUGAUAGGGCUUCGGAAAUGGCAGUAUGACGUUUGGUCUCAUGAUGUCUCCUUAGCUAACCGAAUGGAAUCUGCAGGAGUCCCUGGUCGUGUACACAUCACUGAAGCAACACUAAAUCACCUGGGCAAAGCUUAUGAAGUGGAAGAAGGGAAUGGACAUCUCAGAGAUCCGUACCUUGAAGCCAUGAAUAUCAAAACUUACUUGGUGAUAGACCCGAGAUCUAAACAGCGUACUUCCAACAAUCAUCUCCCUCAAACCCGAGUUCAGGAUGGCUUGAAGAUGCGGGCCUCUGUCCGGAUGUCACGAUUCUUGGAGUCUUGGGGGGCAGCCCGACCUUUUGCUCAUCUAAACCAUAGAGAGAGUGUGAGCAGUGAGACAUCUGCACCAAACAGAAGACAUAGGAAGGAGAUAGCUCUACAACUAGCAAGUCGACAGAGGACUACAGAGAGACAAGAACAAUUAUGUCCUCCUUCAAUUGUGAACUAUAAGAACACCUCUCAGAAAGGAAGGAUGGAAGAAGAAAUUAAUGACAAAAUGAUGUCAACCAUCGAGGGCCUCAGCUCAGCCAAACCUUGGUGUGGUAAAAAAGACGACUUCCGUGGACUAUGUGGGUUUUUGCUGUGUUUUGUAGAAAUGGAACUUGAGAAAGAGUAUCGCACAAUCCCUAUUCCUAAACUGAGGGGUUAUUUUGCCUGCGCCAGCGUUGUAUUGCUGUGUAUGUUCUUUGUGCAGAUUUUCAUAAUGCCAAAAACUCCGAAAUUAGGAAUUUCGUUUGGGGUUGUAGCAAUCAUAAUGGGGCUUAUUUUGUGUGUGUGUUUUGCUGGCGGCUGUUGGAAAUGCUGUUCGAAGAGAUGGCCUCCAGCCCGCUAUCUUCGCACUCUUUCUCAGAAAAUGGAGACGAUGCCAGCCAUGAGACUACCACUGGCCACCAUUGCAAUAGGAUCUCUGUUAAUCAUAGCUGUUUUUAAUUUGUCCAUGAACCAGCCCAAUGGAAACUGUACUACACCACUUACCACCCCACUGGCAGGAAACUGUUCUUCUGGCAAUGACAGUGGACUGAGUAAGGAGGCUAUGACCUACUCUUAUUAUACCUACUGCUGCCUGCUGGGUUUUAUAGCGUGCUCCGUGUUCCUUCGAAUGAGCUUUGAACUCAAGCUUAUCCUUUUGUCAGGCGCUGUUGUUGGAUAUUUCAUCGUAUUUAAUACCAACCAGCCUUUGAGCGCCGGCCACAGAAAUGUCAACGAUUCCACCACAAGGUUUUUUAUGAAAGAUCCAAGAAUAAUGACAAACUUAUACCUGGCUCUGUUUUACAUAACCCUGGUUUUACUGUCAAAACAGAUAGACUAUUACUGUCGGCUGGACUGCCUACAAAAGAAUAAAUUUAAAAAGGAACACGAGUCGUUUGAAACAAUGGAAAAUGUGAACCGGCUGUUGCUGGAAAAUGUCCUCCCAGCUCAUGUUGCUGCCCAUUUUAUUGGGGACAAAUUGAAUGAGGAUUGGUACCAUCAAUCCUAUGACUGUGUCUGUGUCAUGUUUGCCUCAGUACCCGACUUCAAGGUGUUCUACACAGAAUGUGAUGUCAACAAGGAAGGGCUGGAAUGCCUUCGGCUCCUCAAUGAAAUAAUUGCUGAUUUUGAUGAGCUUUUGCUAAAACCUAAAUUCAGUGGCGUUGAAAAAAUUAAAACAAUUGGGAGUACAUACAUGGCAGCCUCAGGGCUCUGUGUUACCCCAGGUCAAGAGAAUAAUCUGGACCAGGAAAGGCAGCAUGCUCAAAUUGGCAUCAUGGUGGAAUUUGCGAUGGCUUUGAUGACUAAGCUUGAUGGCAUCAACAGACACUCAUUCAACAACUUCCGUCUCAGAGUAGGCAUAAACCAUGGGCCUGUGGUAGCCGGUGUAAUCGGUGCGCGCAAACCACAGUAUGACAUCUGGGGAAACACUGUCAAUGUUGCCAGCAGAAUGGAGAGCACAGGAGAACUUGGGAAGAUCCAGGUUACAGAGGAGACCUGCAAAAUACUGGAGAUCCUGGGAUAUGCUUGUGAAUGCCGAGGACUUAUCAAUGUCAAGGGAAAGGGUGAAUUGGUGACCUACUUUGUGUGCACGGAUACAGCCAAAUCCCAAGCGCUUUGAGUUGCAUCAAGAAGCUGCUGAGAAGUUUGGUCAAAAUGUACAGUAUGUCUUGAGGGGCUUUUUGUUUUUAAAACAACUUCCCUUCUGUGAAGCCUGAAAACUCUGCCUCCUUAUGUAAAGGAGCUUAUUCCGAAAUGCAUAUGGACUACUUGCAUCUCAAAAGAGAAAUGGUACUACUUGCAUCUCAAAGAGAGAGGAACUUGGAAAGCUCUUUGCAGCCAUGCCUGUCUCUGUUUCUGAAAGAGUCUGCAGAUAUCCAUGCUGUGAAUUAUUCUCUCCUUUCCCUGCCAUGGGAACACAGGACACGGAAUUCCAUGCUUGCAUGUCUUUUGUGGAUUCAUAAUUGAACUAACUGCCUCGUUCAAAUGGCCCGCUGCCUCAUCCUUUGUCAGAUCUGGUUAACAGUAUUGCACUUGUGCUAUAGAAGACUUGACAGUAUGAAUACAGCACUGCCUUGAGUGUGGGGCAGUGUACAGGAUAAGACAGCAGGACUGAAGUUCUUCUGCCUGAGAAUUUUUUAACUGGAGAUGCCAGGGAUUGACUCUGGGACUGUUUGCACGCAAAGCUUGUGCGUGGCUGUAACCCCCUCCUCAAACUUUGUGCCACACCUCUGCCCUAGAACCUAUUUUCAGUACCAAGAAAUGUUGCACUGCCAGUAUUCUCUACAACCAGAACCCAGCCCAUAAAAACAUUAUUUCCUUGCUGGUAGUUCUGAACUGCUGCUCAACCUCAUGAUGAUACAUCACACCCAUCUUUUUUUCUUCUUUUUUUACAACUGCUUAUGCCAUCCCUGUUGGAGCAGACAGCGAUGCAAGGAGCUUGUCCAAUUAAGAAGCAUGCUUGUUUUUCUGGAGUUUGGAACCAGGCUGUGAGAGCAAACAUCUGUGGCUUUGGUUCUAAAAUGUGCUUCCACUGUGGGUGGAAACGUGGGUGGCUUUCCUUGUACCCCUUUUGUUCAUGCUGUAAUAUGUUUGUCCUUCCUGAGGUGCCACUUUAGUGCUUUUUAAUUUCAGCACCCGGUAGAUGACCCUAACAUUUUGUGUAUGUGUGUGUGUAAAAAUGCAGAUGAUUACUUGGGGGCAACUCUUAUUUGGUCACCUUCCAUGCCUGUUCUGGGCACAAGAUUUGGGUGAUACAUGGUUGUAAAAUGUAUCGUGACAGUGGCGCAGAGAAGCCAUCAUGCACAGAUAUCUUCCAGUAUCUUCCCCAACUCUCCUUAUCUAAAAGAUAUAGGUUCUAGGGGUGGAGAUCUCGCUCAUUCUUGCUACUUUAAAGCACCAUGUAGUGGAUGCUGCUGCAUCAGAAACCGACUGACAGCUACAAUGCAAGUUUUGUAUGGUAAGUGAAGCCCUCCCUCCCAAACUAUUGCAUUGCUGCAUUUCAUCACUGAUAUGCAACCUGUUUUGUGUUGUCCUUACAAUAAAAAUGAACAAGGAGGACAUGACCAAGUAUAAUGUCUGGCCUGAGCCAGACUUGAAUUUGGUGCGUUUGUACCUUUUGCGGUAGCAAUUUUAUUUUGAUCAUCUACUUGUAUUCCUCCUAUUUCAAACAUGGGUAUCCCAUGGGAUUUUGCUCCAGUCCCAUUGGAAAAUUUGAAAAACAAAAUACCCUAUUUGCAAAUUGUUUAUAUUCAGUAGUCUUUAUCUCUUUUUAGUUUCAGUGGCAUUUUGCAUAAACUGAAUACCAUAUAGGGUAUACCCAAAACUGACUACGUGCAUACCAACCUAUGUAAUUUACUAGGCAAUGGAGAAACAUGAUGCAUUUCAGAACUUAGUUUGGAAACACUUUCUCACAGCAGCGUGUGGGUACCAGCCAUCAUAGAAGAUCUGUAUAAGACAGGAUUUUUGGGAGUAGGCAGGCCCACAUUCCCUAUACACAGAGAAAAGAGUCUCUGGCAAAGCUGGUUUCUCAACAAAAUACAUUUCUUUGUAGGUAGAUUUAGUCUGCUUAAAUGAUAUAGGAUUAGAUCCAAAGUUAUAGAAAGUCCACUUUUCACUAGUGCAAGAAAUGUGAAACUAAAUCUAAAGCUGGAGAUUUCCUUGUGCAACUUCUUGCAGAAUCAUAAGAACUGCUCUAGAACCCGUUACACGUUUGCAGAACAGUUUUAGUACCUAUUUUCCUGUUCAAGUUUUUUUUGAUCCAAUCCACCAUAUCUGCAAUUAGUGCUCACAGGGGGCUAAUCUUGAAACUUUAUCCUAUGAAAAUUACUUCUGGUUGACAGGCUUGUCAUAAGAGAACCAGAAACAAACCAUUAAGUCUUACAUGUAGGAAUAAAGCUGUAGUUGUUUACAAUGUGAACAACGGAAGAAACAAUUGCUUAUGUGCCCCAUGUAAAAAGCUUAGCAGCACAAUCCUAUGCAUGUUUACUCAGAAGUAAGUCCUGUUGGGGCAUACUCUCAGGCAAAUGUGCAUAGGACUGCAGUCUGACUUUAUCUGGAGCACAAGUGAAUUGCGUUGACUUGGGCAUAACCUAGGAAAGCAAAAUAAUUGCUUUGCAUUGAAGUGUUUUAUAAAGUGAAAUGUGAAUAUCAUGAAACAUUUUGAAACUGUAUGUGUUUUCCCAUGUGAUUAAGUUUCCGCUGGAUGUGUUUGCAUAAGGUUCUGCAGAAUGCCUUUUAGGAGGUAACAAAAUGCAAACCUAAUGGAUUUGCUCCAGUUUACAAGCCACUUUCUCUGGAGUAAUUUAACUGAAAUAUAGCUGAAGUUUAUGGAAACAAUCUCAAGACUUCUUCCAAAUUUGAGGACUGUGACUUACCUUUUUUAAAAAAGUUUUCAGAGUGGAGUGUGACUAACUGCAAAGUAUUCCAAUAUUCUUUGCCCUGGAUGCUCCCCUGUUGUGUUCAUUAUAAUUACUGUGUAAUUAACUAAUGCGGAGUUGAAGUGCCUAUGUUUCAUGACAGGAACAAAACUCUUCUGGUAAAGUCCUACUGUGGUUUUAGGACUUUUGGAAAGUCUUAGCUGACUAGAAUAGGUCUCACUGGACAGUAGCAAGAUAGGGUAGUCCUAGAUAGUUUAAAAAGGAAACUUAUCUGUCUUUUGUUUUAGCAACAAGUUAAUGUGAAUUGUAAUAUAUUGCUUUCAAUUCUUAUUUUAUUGUGCAUUUGUUACAUGUUUGGUUUUUAAAAUAAAAUAGAAUGCUUUUGUUCAAA